AUGAAGCUCAUCGCUGCCUACCUCCUCCUCCAGCUCGGCGGUAACGCCUCCCCCUCCGCCUCGGACAUCAAGGCCCUCCUUGAGACCGUCGGUGUUGAGGCUGAGCAGGAGCGUCUCGACAAGUUGAUCUCGGAGCUCGAGGGCAAGGACAUCAACGAGCUCAUCGCUGAGGGUUCCUCCAAGUUCGCCUCCAUCCCAUCCGGCGGUGCCGGUGGUGCCUCUUCGGGUGGUGCCGCUGCUGCCCCCGCUGCCGGUGGUGCCGCCGCUGCCGACGCCCCCAAGGAGGAGGCCAAGGCCGAGGAGAAGGAGGAGUCCGACGACGACAUGGGCUUCGGUCUGUUCGACUAA